AUGCAAGCUGUGGGGAAGCUAGGUAGUUACAUAAGUAAAAGUGUAGUUACCGUAUCUGGGCCCUUCCACCCAUUUGGCGGUGCUGUAGAUAUUGUUGUUGUGGAACAACCGGACGGGAGCUAUAAAUCAUCACCUUGGUAUGUUCGGUUUGGGAAGUUCCAGGGGGUGUUGAAGGCCAAAGAGAAGGUGGUUAACAUUAGUGUGAAUGGUGUUGAAGCAGAUUUCCAUAUGUACUUGGAUCAUAAAGGGGAAGCUUACUUUCUGAGGGAGGUGGAUGUAGAGGAAGGGACGUCAUUAUUUUCUCCUCCAUCCUCUUCGGGUGAGGAUACAGACAGGCAAUCGGGGAAUAGGAGGUCAAUGAAAUUAAAAAGUUACAAUUAUGAUGCUGAUUCUUCUGGUUCAAAUUUGAAUGGUAGAAAUAGGAAUACCAUGGUUAGGACUAAUUCUCGCCGGUCUCAGAUUUUGGGCCUUGUUUUUGGGAGAAAAUCAAUGAAAGAGUGUGGAAAUCAGGAGGAAGUAGAUGGUUCCGGUGUUGUUCGGAUAAAUUCUUUGGAGCGUGCUGAGAUUGCGGCUGAUCUUUUGGAGUUGAAGUGGUCUACUAAUGUUGCCUCUGCUAGGCGCUGUAAAGACAAUACUUCUCGGUUUUCUGCUCAAGAUAAAUCAAAAGUUGAAGUCAAUAAGAAUUUCCUAGACAAUGAUUCUCUGAAUAAUGAAAUUGGCAUUAUUCAUAAUUCCAGCCAUCAAAAAGUGGAAAACACUGUCGAGGAAAAUGAUGGAGAAAACUCAUGCUUAACUUCAGUGUAUGUCAGUGAACCAAACACAUCGAUUGCAAAUGUUAAAGAAGAUGCUCAAGUAUCAAAUUCAGAAACAUCGACAAUGACUGAGAUAUUGGAUUUAGCUAAUGCAUUUUAUCAUGGGAAUUCUGAGACUAUCAAGUCCGAGAUCACAAUUCCUGAAUCUCAAAUUUCAAACUCUGUCCAGAAGCACAAUGGUUCGUCAGACACUGGUUUUGCCGAGGAGAAUGGAACAUAUGGAAUCCAAUCUUUUUGUUGUAAUGAAACUUGUGAGAGCUCAAAAGUAGGGUUGGAUGGUGCCGCUGAAGAAUCAAAUGGCACUUGUUCUUGUGAAGGAUAUGGGGAAGUCUGUGUCGCUGCUAAAGCUAUGCAUUUUACGACAGUGUUAACAUCCACAGUAAAGUCUGGACAAGAAACUGAUGUUUUAUUUGACAAAGAACCUUUAAACCUUCAAGACUGUUUAGGUAAGGAGGAUCAUUUCAGUUUCUUUCUUGAUGAAAACAAUUUUGAGGCUGAAGGAAGUUCUCUGAACUCCACUUCAGAAAGCGAUGCAACUAAAUCCCAUCAUCAAGUAGUUUCUCCACAGCCAUCAAAUGAUUUCAUUGAGGAAAUUGAGCCGCUUGGUGGUUUAAUCAUCUCCAGUUUUAGCAACUCUGCUUGUCCAAAUAAAGAAAAGAGAACUGUUUGGAAAGAAGAUGAAACAAACAAGUAUGGAUCCUGUUCGCGACUUCAGGGCUAUCCUCAAAUAUCAACUAGUGAUGGGGCCAUUCCAUUAAUCCCAAUGUCAGAUAUUUCAGUGGAAGAACAACUCCUUUUUGGCGAUCUGGAUGGUUUUGAUUUCAGCAAGGCCAGAGAUAUGGACACCAUUUAUCCAAAUCAUGAAAAAGAAACUUAUCCUCCACUUUCAUCAAUGGUGUCCAAUGGAGUGAAUGAGUCUUUUCCGCCAGAAUGCAGUGCCACUUUUUAUCGAGAUGAAUCUGUUAUAGAUGAUAUUGCAAAUGAUGCUAAAGAAUCAAGAAAUAUAAAGUCAGGUAAAAAUAAUAAUCUCAGAUUACCUCGGGCACAAUCAAUAGCUAAAGGUAUGAAAGUUCUGGAGGAGCUAAAAGAGGGACCUGCAAAUCCACCCUUUGGAAAUGCACCUAGAUCCACUGAUUCCUUGAGCAGAAGCAGGGGAAGUUGGUCCUUUUCUUUUAAGAGAUCAAGAAGUGUGCAAGUUUCCCAGCCAGCUAUGGAUGGCAUUGAAAUUGAUAAUGUUAAAAAUAUUCUGAGGACCACAGAUGAUAUGGUGGAAGAAAAUGAUGUACCAAAUCUGAAGGUAAAUAAGAAGAAAAUAAGGACGCUGACUCCAACAUCUGAGCAACUGGCGUCCUUAAAUCUAAAAGAAGGGAGGAACAUCGUGAUAUUUACCUUCUCGACUGCAAUGCUGGGGAAGCAACAGGUUGAAGCCCGAGUUUAUUUGUGGAGAUGGGACACUAACAUUGUGAUAUCUGAUGUUGAUGGAACAAUUACCCGAUCGGAUCUUCUAGGACAGGUCAUGCCCUGGGUUGGUAUGGAUUGGUCGCAGACAGGCGUUGCACAUCUUUUCUCAGCAAUCAAGGAGAAUGGAUAUCAGUUACUUUUUCUAAGCGCACGUUCAAUUUCUCAGGCCUACCAUACCAGACAAUUCCUAUUUAAUCUCAAGCAGAAUGGAAAAGCCUUACCAGAUGGACCUGUUGUAAUCUCCCCAGAUGGACUCUUUCCUUCUUUGUUUCGAGAAGUUGUUAGAAGAGCUCCUCAUGAAUUCAAAAUUGCUUGCUUGGAGGUUAUUAGGGCAUUGUUUCCUUCUGAUAGAAAUCCCUUCUAUGCUGGUUUUGGAAACAGAGACACUGAUGAGUUUAGCUACCUGAAGGUUGGAAUCCCUAGAGGAAAAAUAUUUAUCAUAAAUCCAAAGGGUGAGAUUGUUGUAAACCGGCGAACUCAUACCAAAUCAUAUACGUCUCUUUUCGACCUUGUGCAUGGCAUGUUUCCUUCCAUGUCAUCAUCUGAGCAGGAGGACUUUAAUCAAUGGAAUUACUGGAAACUUCCGCCUCCUUUCAUUGAUGUUUGA